AUGAGUCACACGGCCUCUUCGCUUUUACUUCGGAAACAGUUAGCAGAAUUAAACAAAAGUGGACCUGUGGGUUUUUCUGCUGGUCUCUUUGAUGACGACGACAUAUUUAAGUGGCUCGUUCUCAUUAUUGGACCUUCGGACACACCGUACGACGGAGGGUGGUUUAAAGCCGUCCUAGAAUUCCCUCAUGAUUACCCAAAUCAUCCUCCGAAAAUGCAAUUUUUGACCGAAAUGUGGCAUCCCAAUAUCUCUCUAUCGGGGAACGUAUGUAUAUCCAUUCUUCAUGAACCUGGUGAAGAUCGCUUUGGCUAUGAGUUACCAGAAGAACGCUGGCUCCCGGUGCACACUGUUGAAACAAUUGUUGUGUCUGUCAUAUCUAUGCUUGCGGAGCCAAAUCCGGAUAGCCCGGCCAACGUAGAUGCAGCCAAAAUGUUUAGAGAUGAUUACGAGGAGUUUAAACGGAGAGUUAAAGAAACCGUGCGGAAGAGCCUGGAGUCCCAGAGUGAAUAA